AUGCCAUUCCAGCUGUCGCGAUCCACGCGACUUACGGCGGUUAUUGGUAUAUCGACAUGUUUCUUUCUAGGAGAAAUGGCGGUGGGCUUUUAUACUCACUCUCUGGCGUUGAUUGCUGAUGCUCUUCACUAUCUGAAUGAUCUGGUCGGAUUUGCAAUCGCGUUGAUUGCGCUAAAAGUCUCGGAGAAAAAUCACGAGCGUAAAGGUUUAUCUUUUGGUUGGCAGCGAGCACAACUGCUUGGUGCUUUCUUUAAUGGCGCUUUGCUCUUCGGAAUUGGGAUUAGUGUUCUCUUGCAGUCAAUUGAGAGAUUCAUCUCGUUGCACCGUGUUGAGAAUCCUAAAAUGAUAUUCAUCGUCGGAUCCAUCGGUCUGGGGCUGAAUGUUAUAUGUGCUCUAUUUCUACAUGCCCUAGAACACGAUCAAGACCACCAUCCACAAGAACUAGUCGAGACUGGACUAUCACAUAUUGACGAAGACUUCCAGAAUUCAAUUACAAAGCAUCACGACCACAGACAUGCGCAUUCGGAAAAAUUACAACUAGUUUCCGGCAACCGUCACGAUCAAAGCCAUGGCCAUGGUCAUGAACAUGAUCUGGGAAUGAUGGGGGUUCUCUUGCAUGUUCUUUGCGACGCGGCCAAUAACCUUGGUGUUAUGGCAGCAGCAUUGGUCAUCUGGCUCGCGAACUACGAGGGACGGUACUACGCUGAUCCAGGAGUGAGCAUGGGAAUUGGUGCCAUGAUUAUACUUUCUUCAAUCCCAUUGGUACGAAAGUCGGGAAUGAUCAUGCUGGAAUGUGCACCCAGCAGACUCGAUUUAAAUGAUGUGCAGCAUGACUUGGAAAAGGUUGUUCUCAAGGUUGAUGGAGUGGAAUCUAUCCACGAACUACAUAUCUGGCAACUCAACCAACAAAAAACACUUGCCUCCGUGCACAUUGUUGUUUCUGAUCCCUCCAUGGCCAACUUCAUGAUCACAGCCAAGACAAUUAAUGAAUGUUUCCACGCCUAUGGAAUUCAUUCAGCGACACUGCAGCCUGAGGUGGUGUCAAAGACAGAUUCCGUGUAUCCCACUGGAGAGAAGGUACCGUGUCAGGUGUUGUGUGGCACACUGUGCGAGGCAUUGUCUUGUUGUGGCUAA